UGUCAUUUGUUAUCAAUAUAUGCUAGGGAUUUAAAAAAGUUUGGGCUUACACGAAGUUUGACGGUCGUUUCUGUGAAAACUUCUAUACACAAUACGUGUAACAAUGUCUGUGCACGUAUUUAACAAAAAUGUCAAAGUUCUCAGAAAUCGUGGAUUAUCAUUUGCCGUUUCAUCGUCAUCACAUUACAGUACUGAAUCCUCUGACCCGCAUGUUUUGAAAAAGCCAGUUCUGUCACAAUUGAAAAAAGGUACUGGGGGAAGAUCUAGUUUCAAUGGAGUGGUCGCAACUGUUUUUGGAGCGUCUGGUUUCUUGGGAGGCUAUCUCGUAAACAAACUAGGAAUAUGUGGCACUCAACUGGUUAUUCCGUACCGAGGAGAUGCAUACUUUGUUAAAGAUCUAAAACUAACGGGAGAUCUUGGUCAAGUAAAUUUCCAACCAUUUCAUUUGCAAGAUGAUGAGUCCAUCAGAAAAGCUGUUAAAUAUUCAAAUGUUGUAAUCAACUUAAUCGGCCGUGACUGGGAGACAAAAAAUUUUAAAUUUAAUGACGUUCAUGUUGAAGGUGCGAGAAGAAUUGCUCGUAUUAGUCGCGAAAUGGGAGUUGAACGGCUUAUUCAUCUUUCUGCGCUCAAUAUUGAUCCUUUACCUGCUCCAAUUUAUUUAUCAAAAGGAUCAGGAUUUUUAGCAUCUAAACAGCUUGGUGAAAAGUUGGUACUUGACGAGUUCCCUGAUGCUACUAUAUUCCGUCCAUCAGAUAUAUAUGGACAAGGUGAUAGGUUUCUAAUGAUGUAUACUCAUGCAUGGCGUCGAAGUCUUCAGCAAAUGGUUUUGUGGAAGAAAGGAGAACAAACUGUUAAACAACCUGUAGCUGUUUCAGAUGUAGCAACUGCCAUUAAAAAUGCUGUACUAGAUCGUUCAACUGCAGGCAAAACAUAUCAAGCCGUUGGACCUACACCAUAUUUACUUGCUGAUUUAGUAGAUUGGAUGUAUGCUAUCUGUCGCCGCACAAAAGAAUUUGAGUACGACUUUAAAAGAACUGGAUUUUUAGGAAAUCCACAACAUUUAGUCAAAAUGUGGCUGACAGACAAAAUAUGUCCUAGUUGGCCCCCAGGCUUUGUCACUGCUGAACGUUUUGAAAGGGAAUUUGUUAACGAUUUCGUCGAUGAAAGGUUGCCGACAUUGGAAGACUUAGGUGUUGUACUGACGAAGACUGAGAAGCAGAUACCAUAUGACCUAAAGUUCUUAAAAGCGUUCCAAUAUUACAUUGAUACAAUCGGUGAAAUUGAAAACCCACUCCCUCCACCACCAUACGUACCACCCCCGAAAUCAAACUUCUUACAUACAAAUUAGAAUCCAUCUGAAGAACGUGUCUGCCGUAUAGGCCCUAGAUGUCUGUGCCACCAAUCUGAGUCUAAAAACAAACAAUAAAAUGUAUAUUAGCAACAAUAUUUUAAAUAACAACUAUUAGACACACGAUUUUCUCGAUUUGAAACAGAAAAUAUGUACAUUUUAAUUUCUUGUUUUGUUAUUAUAUAAAUAUUAGUAUUAUCAAUAUACAACUUAAUAUUAUGUUUGUAUAAAUUUAUUUCAAAUUAUUUUUGAUAUACACAAUUAUAUGCAGAUAAAAAUUAUUUGUUAAA